GACGUCACGCAAUUAGUACGCCAUUUUGUAAGUGUCCGCCGUAGUCAAUUUUCUGGCCAAAGUGAAAAAUAGUUAAUUCGCAUGAUUUGGUAUAGAUUAAACAGUUAAAGACAUUUAAUUACACAUUUAACGUGUCUUACGUUAAAUAUACAGACUCAAAGUAUGGAGGACAAGGCUUCGUUAAAAGAAUUGGAUCAAUGGAUAGAGCAGCUAAAUGAAUGCAAGCAAUUGACAGAAAAUCAAGUAAAAACGUUAUGCGACAAGGCAAAGGAGAUUUUGACCAAGGAGUCCAAUGUCCAAGAGGUGAAAUGCCCGGUGACCGUCUGCGGGGACGUCCAUGGCCAGUUCCACGACCUGAUGGAGCUGUUCCGCAUCGGCGGACGCUCGCCGGACACUAACUACCUGUUCAUGGGUGACUACGUGGACCGUGGUUACUACAGUGUGGAGACAGUCACACUGCUUGUUGCGCUUAAGGUGAGAUAUCGCGAAAGAAUAACAAUCUUACGCGGAAAUCAUGAGUCACGUCAAAUAACCCAAGUGUAUGGGUUCUAUGAUGAAUGCCUCCGUAAAUACGGCAACGCGUCCGUAUGGAAGCACUUCACCGACCUUUUCGACUUCCUGCCGCUGACUGCGCUCGUCGACGGCCAGAUCUUCUGCUUGCACGGAGGGCUUAGUCCCUCCAUCGACACCCUCGAUCACAUCCGAGCGCUGGAUCGUCUGCAGGAAGUGCCCCACGAAGGGCCCAUGUGUGAUCUCCUCUGGAGCGAUCCCGAUGAUAGAGGCGGAUGGGGCAUAUCGCCGCGCGGUGCCGGCUACACCUUCGGCCAGGACAUCUCGGAGACGUUCAACCACAGCAACGGGCUGACGCUGGUGUCGCGCGCCCACCAGCUCGUCAUGGAGGGCUACAACUGGUGUCACGAUAGAAACGUGGUCACUAUAUUCUCAGCUCCCAACUACUGCUACAGAUGUGGUAAUCAAGCCGCAAUUAUGGAAUUGGAUGACGCCCUUAAGUACUCAUUCCUUCAGUUCGAUCCGGCUCCGCGACGUGGGGAGCCGCACGUGACACGGCGGACGCCGGAUUACUUCAUGUAGGCUGCACCGGAGGCGCAUAUCAAGCAGGAGAGUCGCAGGGGCGCGCGGGCGGCUCCCGGCCGGAGUCUGCGCCGGCGCCGCCCGCCCGUCCCGGCCUUCGCCCCCGUCGUCGCCGCCUCGGCCUCCGCCUCCGCCCCUGUCUCCGUCUCCGCCUCCAUUCCGCACGCGCUGCACCGCGCGCAUCGUGCCCAGCUCGAGAGGCUAAUGCGCGUCGCGCAGUGGCUCACCAACGUCUGAUCAGGGUUGUCUACUCGAUACACCAUUAUUGGGAUCUAUGUGUACCAUAAUACAAUUUAGAUAAAAAAAAUCUCUAUAGGAUUGUUUGCUUGCGAAAUAAAAGAUUAAAGCUCUGUCGUUGUUGCUUGCUCUACGUUCAAGUACAGCAUAUAAAAUAUAAUGUGCUAAACAUCACAAAUAAAUUCUGCCAACUAAAAUCUCUCAUAUUUCCUGGGGUUCUCAUGGGAAAAGCCCCAUACUAGAGCCAAAAGGCUUUUCAAACUUGGGACUCCCUUGUGAGUUUAUUUUCAAGAUCAUAUGAUGCUGUGAAAUGAUAAUUCCCUUGUUAAAAUUUGAUAGUUUGGUUUAUUCGAGUUGGCAACCCUAUGUCUGAUCAAUGCCGCGCCGCCGCAUUUUGUAUUUUCUACUCGGUAUUUUUUAUUCUACGGAAUGUCAUUGGAAGAUGCAACAAAUUGUAUGCAUUGACGUGUGAAUCUGAACAUUGAUUUACACAAUAAUCGCUACUAUUGAAGAUAACACUGUAUUAAAAAGUGUAAACCAUAGAUAUGGAUAUAAAUAAAUUUCGAAAUCGCAUUUAAUUUACGUGUCAAUAUUUGUCCCUAAAUUUGCAGUGGAAAACUCGAAAAGAGUUUAGGUUAAAUGAAUUGCUUUUGUUUAGUGGCGACACGCUAAUUUUUGCCUGAAUUGUGGUUGUGCGUUGUCUAUUUAUAUUCCUGUCUGUGGUAGAAACCGUUCGUAAAGGUAGGUGACGGUUGGACGACGGAGGCGGGGCAAGGGCGUCGUCUAAGGUUCUUGCCCGAUCACAGCAUCCCCCGCGCUUGUUAUGCUGGUAUGUUCAUUGUGAACGGACAAACGACGCAGACUAUUAUUAUAUGUAUACAAUCUAUCACUCCUCAGAGACAAUUUGGACCUCAUUAAAGUGGGUAAUUUGCUA